AUGCCGACCAGACAAGCGGAAUUCGAUGAAAUACUGGCCGAAAAGGUCAAAGAAUUUCGGGAGAACUAUUUUAACCCGCCAAAAGAAAUUGUUUCGAUGGAAGAUUUUGAACGGAUUAGAACGCUUGGCAGGGGAGCAUUCGGCCGUGUGGUUCUUGUCCGCCACUGGGAUAAGGAUUGUUAUUACGCCCUGAAGAUAUUAUCAAAAGUUGAAAUUGUCAAAAGCAGACAGAUCGACAAUGCCAUUAAUGAGAAACGCAUCCUGGCAGCUUGCAACUUCCCGUUUAUUAUCCGACUGUUCUUCAGCUUCAAGGACAAUAGUUAUCUAUAUAUGGUCAUGGAAUUUGUGAUUGGCGGUGAAAUGUUUACUCUUCUGCGAAAUAUGCGAAGGUUUCCAGAUAACAUGGUGAAAUUUUAUGCUGCCCAGGUUGUGAUGGCAUUUGAAUAUCUACAUCUCCUUACUAUCGCCUACAGAGAUCUGAAGCCUGAAAACCUGUUGAUAACAGGGGAAGGAUUUCUAAAGGUGGCGGAUUUGGGUUUCGCUAAAAUGAUUCCAAAAGACAAGCGAACAUGGACUUUGUGUGGGACACCGGACUAUAUGGCACCAGAGAUUAUAAUGAGCAAAGGAUAUCACUGUGCUGUAGAUUGGUGGGCAUUUGGAGUACUACUAUAUGAAAUGACCACAGGAUUUCCACCUUUUAUGCAUCAAGACCAAAUGAAAACCUUUGAACAUAUAAUAUCAGGAAAAGUCAAAUUUACAAACAAUUUUGGUCCGGAAUUAAAAGACCUUAUUCGCAACCUUAUCCAAGUGGAUCUGAGCAGACGCUAUGGCAAUUUAAAAAACGGCAUUGCGGACAUUAAAGAACACGCGUAUUUUGCAGAUUUGGACUGGCUGCAAUUGUAUCACUUGCAAGUCCGACCGCCGUACAAGCCCAAAUACAAGGGCCCUUCAGACACCAGCUGCUUCGAAAAAUGGGAAGAAGAGAACCUCAAAAUUGCAGACAAGGAAAAGUUCAGAAUUGAAUUUGAAGAUUUCUGA